AUGGGGCUGCCACUGGCCCGCCUGGCAGCUGUCUGCCUGGCCCUGUCCUUGGCCAGGGGCUCAGAGCUCCAGAGAGAAGGCAGGACCCAAAACCACGGCCACAACGUCUGCAGCACCUGGGGCGACUUCCACUACAAGACCUUCGACGGGGACAUCUUCCGCUUCCCCGGCCUCUGCGACUACAACUUCGCCUCCGACUGCCGAGACUCCUACAAAGAGUUCGCCGUGCACCUGCAGCGGGGCCUGGACGGCGGCGGGGGCCUCCCCCAGGUCGAGUCCAUCCUGCUGACCGUCGGAGACGACGCCAUCUACCUCACCCGCCAGCUGGUGGUGGUGAACGGGGCCAUGGUCAGCACCCCGCACUACAGCUCCGGGCUGCUCAUUGAGAAGAACGACGCCUACACCAAGGUCUACUCCCGCAGCGGCGUCUCCCUGAUGUGGAACCGGGAAGACUCACUCAUGCUGGAGCUGGACAGUAAGUUCCAGAACCACACCUGCGGCCUCUGCGGGGACUACAACGGCCUGCAGACCUACUCGGAAUUCCUCUCCGAAGGCAUACUCUUCAGUCCCAUCGAGUUUGGGAACAUGCAGAAGAUCAACAAGCCCGAGGUGGAGUGUGAGGACCCGGAGGAGGUGCCGGGGACGUCCUCCGAGUCCUGCUCUGAGCACUGCGUCUGCAGCACGCUCGCCGAGUUCUCCCGCCAGUGCUCGCACGCCGGCGGCCAGCCCGGCACCUGGAGGACCGACGCGCUCUGCCCCAAGACCUGCCCCGGGAACAUGAUUUACCUGGAGAGCGGCUCGCCCUGCAUGGACACCUGCUCACACCUGGAGGUCAGCAGCCUGUGCGAGGAGCACCGCAUGGACGGCUGUUUCUGCCCAGAAGACACUGUAUAUGAUGACGUCGCGGGCAGCGGCUGCAUCCCUGUGAGCCAGUGUCACUGUAAGCUGCAUGGACGCCUGCACGCACCAGGCCAGGAGGUCACCAACGACUGCGAGCACUGCGUCUGCAACGCCGGCCGUUGGGUGUGCACAGACCUGCCGUGCCCUGGGACCUGCGCCCUGGAAGGUGGCUCGCACAUCACCACCUUUGAUGGGAAAAAGUUCACCUUCCAUGGGGACUGCUACUAUGUCCUGAGCAAGGGCGACCACAACGACUCCUACGCCCUCCUGGGCGAGCUGGCUCCCUGCGGCUCCACGGACAAGCAGACCUGCCUGAAGACGGUGGUGCUGCUGGCCGACGAGAGGAAGAACGUGGUGGUCUUCAAGUCUGAUGGCAGCGUGCUGCUGAAUGAGCUGCAGGUCAACCUGCCCCACGUGACUGCGAGCUUCUCCAUCUUGCAACCUUCCUCCUACCACAUCAUCGUGAACACGGCCUAUGGCUUGCGGCUGCAGGUGCAGCUGGUCCCUGUCAUGCAGCUCUUUGCGACGCUGGAGCAGGACGCCCAGGGGCAGGUGCAGGGCCUCUGCGGGAACUUCAAUGGCUUGGAAAGCGAUGACUUCAAGACAGCUAGUGGGCUGGUGGAGGCCACAGGAGCCAGCUUUGCCAACACUUGGAAGGCCCAGUCGAGCUGCCAGGACAAGCUGGACUGGCUGGAUGACCCCUGCUCCCUCAACAUCGAGAGCGCCAACUAUGCUGAGCACUGGUGCUCCCUCCUGAAGAGCACAGAGACCCCCUUUGGCAGGUGCCACUCAGCCGUGGACCCCACUGAGUAUUACAAGAGGUGCAGAUACGACACCUGCAACUGCGAGAACAACGAGGACUGCAUGUGCGCGGCUCUGUCCUCCUAUGCGCGCGCCUGUGCCACCAAGGGCGUCAUGCUGUGGGGCUGGCGGGAGCGGGUCUGCAACGAGGACGUGAACUCCUGCCCUAACUCGCAGAUCUUCCUGUACAACCUGACCACCUGCCAGCGGACGUGCCGCUCACUGUCCGAGGCUGACACUCACUGCCUCAAGGGCUUCGCGCCUGUGGACGGCUGCGGCUGCCCCGACCACACCUUCCAGGACGAGAAGGGCCGCUGUGUGCCCCUCGCCAAGUGCUCCUGCUACCACCAAGGCCUCUACCUGGAGGCGGGGGACGUGGUCUUGAGGCAGGAGGAGCGAUGCGUUUGCCAGAACGGGAGGCUGCAUUGCCAGCUGGUCAAGCUCCUGGGCCAGAGCUGUGUGGACCCAAAGAUCCACGUGGACUGCAACAAUCUGACCGCGCUGGCUGUCUUGAAACCCCGCCCCAUGAGCUGCCAGACGCUGGCUGCCGGCUAUUACCAUACGGAGUGUAUCAGCGGCUGCGUGUGUCCUGACGGGCUGCUGGAUGACGGCCGAGGCGGCUGUGUGGUGGAGGAAGAGUGCCCGUGUGUGCACUACAAAGACCUGUACUCCCCAGGGGACAAGAUCCAGGUGGACUGCAACACCUGCACCUGCCAGAAAGGACACUGGGUUUGCACCCAGUCCAUGUGCCAUGGCACCUGUUCCAUCUAUGGGAGUGGCCACUACAUCACCUUUGACGGGAAAUACUAUGACUUCGACGGGCACUGCUCCUACGUGGCUGUUCAGGAUUACUGCGGCCAGAACUCCUCGCUGGGCACCUUCAGUGUCAUCACUGAGAAUGUCCCCUGCGGCACCACUGGUGUCACCUGCUCCAAGGCCAUCAAGAUCUUCCUGGGGAGGACGGAGCUGAAAUUGGAAGACAAGCACCGCAUAGUGAUCCAGCGCGACGAGGGCCACCAUGUGGCCUACACCACGCGGGAGGUGGGCCAGUACCUGGUGGUCGAGGCCAGCAUCGGCGUCAUUGUCAUCUGGGACAAGAGGACCACCGUCUUCAUCAAGCUGGCCCCCUCCUACCAGGGCACGGUGUGCGGCCUGUGCGGGAACUUCGACUACCGCUCCAACAACGACUUCACCACGCGGGACCACAUGGUGGUGAGCAGCGAGCUGGACUUCGGGAACAGCUGGAAGGAGGCCCCCACCUGCCCGGACGUGAGCACCACCCCCGAGCCCUGCAGCCUGAACCCGCACCGGCGCGCCUGGGCCGAGAAGCAGUGCAGCAUCCUCAAGAGCUCGGUGUUCGGCGCCUGCCACAGCAAGGUGGACCCCACGGUCUUCUAUGAUGCCUGCGUGCACGAUUCGUGCUCCUGUGACACCGGCGGGGACUGCGAGUGCUUCUGCUCUGCUGUGGCCUCCUACGCCCAGGAGUGCACCAAGGAGGGCGCCUGUGUGUUCUGGAGGACACCGGACCUGUGCCCUGUCUUCUGUGACUACUACAACCCCCGGGACGAGUGUGAGUGGCACUACGAGCCCUGUGGGAACCGCACCUUCGAGACCUGCAGGACCGUCAACGGCAUCCACUCCAACAUCUCUGUGUCCUACCUGGAGGGCUGCUACCCCCGGUGCCCCAAGAACAGGCCCAUCUAUGAUGAGGACCUGAAGAAGUGUGUCUCGGGGGACAAGUGUGGCUGUUAUGUCGAGGACACCCGCUACCUACCUGGAUCAUCAGUUCCCACUGAGGAGAUCUGCAAGUCUUGUGUGUGCUCCAGCUCCUCGGAAGUCAUCUGCCGGCCGGAGGAAGGACAAAUCCUCAACCAGACCCAGGAUGGCGCCUUCUGCUACUGGGAGAUCUGUGGCCCCAAUGGGACAGUGGAGAAGCACUUCAACAUCUGUGUGUCCACCACACCACCCCCGUCCACCCUGACGACCUCCACUACCGUCCCCACCACCACCACCACCACCACCACCACCACCACCACCACCACCCCGACCCCCAGCACAGUGUUAUCGACAACUCCAAAGCUGUGCUGCUUCUGGUCUGACUGGAUCAACGAAGACCACCCGAGCAGUGGCAGUGAUGACGGGGACCAAGAGACAUUCGACAGUGUCUGUGUGUCUCCCGAGAACAUUGAGUGCAGGUCAGCGAUGGAGCCUCACCUCAGCUGGGAGGAGUUGGGCCAGAAGGCACAGUGCGACAUAUCGCUUGGGUUCAUUUGCAAGAAUGAAGAGCAAUUCGGGAAUGGGCCAUUCGGACUCUGUUAUGACUACGAGAUACGUGUGAAAUGUUGCCUGCCGAUGGAUGAGUGUCCUGUGUCCACCCCAGCCACAACCACCACCACGACAACUCCCAGCCCUACACCAGUGCCCACCUUUACCACCUCAGCAACAGCCAUGUCCACACCUCCACCAAUGCCGACCUCUACCACCUCACAAACGGCCACGCCCAUGCCUCCACCAAUAACCACCUCUACAACCUCACCAACGUCCACGCCCACGCCUCCACCAAUAACCACCUCUACCACUUCACCAACGUCCACGCCCACGCCUUCACCAGCAACCACCUCUACCACUUCACCAACGGCCACGCCCACGCCUCCACCAAUAACCACCUCUACAACCUCACCAAUGUCCACGCCCACGCCUUCACCAGCAACCACCUCUACCACUUCACCAACGGCCACGCCCACGCCUCCACCAAUAACCACCUCUACAACCUCACCAACAUCCACGCCCACGCCUUCACCAGCAACCACCUCUACCACUUCAACAACGGCCACGCCCACGCCUCCACCAAUAACCACUUCUACAACCUCACCAAUGUCCACGCCCACGCCUUCACCAAUGCCCACUUCUACCACUUCACCAACGGCCACACCCACGCAUCCACCAAUAAUCACCCCGACAACCUCACCAGCGUCAACGCCCACGCCUUCACCAGCGACCACCUCUACAACCUCAACAACGUCGACGCCCACGCCUUCACCAGUGCUCACCUCUGCCACCUCACCAACGGCCACGCCCACGCAUCCACCAAUAACCACCUCUACAACCUCACCAACGUCCACGCCCACGCCUUCACCAGCGACCAUCUCUACCACCUCACCAAUGGCCACGCCCACGCAUCCACCAAUAACCACCUCUACAGCCUCACCAACGUCCACGCCCACGCCUUCACCAGCGACCACCUCUACCACCUCACCAACGGCCACGCCCACGCAUCCACCAAUAAUCACCCCAACAACCUCACAAACGUCCACGCCCACGCCUUCACCAGUGCCCACCUCUACCACCUCACCAACGGCCACGCCCACGCAUCCACCAAUAAUCACCCCAACAACCUCACAAACGUCCACGCCCACGCCUUCACCAGUGCCCACCUCUACCACCUCACCAACGGCCACGCCCACGCAUCCACCAAUAAUCACCCCAACAACCUCACAAACGUCCACGCCCACGCCUUCACCAGUGCCCACCUCUACCACCUCACCAACGGCCACGCCCACGCAUCCACCAAUAAUCACCCCAACAACCUCACAAACGUCCACGCCCACGCCUUCACCAGUGCCCACCUCUACCACCUCACCAACGGCCACGCCCACGCAUCCACCAAUAAUCACCCCAACAACCUCACAAACGUCCACGCCCACGCCUUCACCAGUGCCCACCUCUACCACCUCACCAACGGCCACGCCCACGCAUCCACCAAUAAUCACCCCAACAACCUCACAAACGUCCACGCCCACGCCUUCACCAGUGCCCACCUCUACCACCUCACCAACGGCCACGCCCACGCAUCCACCAAUAAUCACCCCAACAACCUCACAAACGUCCACGCCCACGCCUUCACCAGUGCCCACCUCUACCACCUCACCAACGGCCACGCCCACGCAUCCACCAAUAAUCACCCCAACAACCUCACAAACGUCCACGCCCACGCCUUCACCAGUGCCCACCUCUACCACCUCACCAACGGCCACGCCCACGCAUCCACCAAUAAUCACCCCAACAACCUCACAAACGUCCACGCCCACGCCUUCACCAGUGCCCACCUCUACCACCUCACCAACGGCCACGCCCACGCAUCCACCAAUAAUCACCCCAACAACCUCACAAACGUCCACGCCCACGCCUUCACCAGUGCCCACCUCUACCACCUCACCAACGGCCACGCCCACGCAUCCACCAAUAAUCACCCCAACAACCUCACAAACGUCCACGCCCACGCCUUCACCAGUGCCCACCUCUACCACCUCACCAACGGCCACGCCCACGCAUCCACCAAUAAUCACCCCAACAACCUCACAAACGUCCACGCCCACGCCUUCACCAGUGCCCACCUCUACCACCUCACCAACGGCCACGCCCACGCAUCCACCAAUAAUCACCCCAACAACCUCACAAACGUCCACGCCCACGCCUUCACCAGUGCCCACCUCUACCACCUCACCAACGGCCACGCCCACACCACCAAUAACCACCUCUAACACCGCACCAACGGCCACAACCACGCCUCCACCAACAACCACCUCUACCACCUCACCAACGUCCAUGCCCACGCCUUCACCAGCGACCACCCCUACAACCUNCCCACCGACCACCUCUACCACCUCACCAACGUCCACGACCACGCAUCCACCAAUAAUCACCCCAACAACCUCACAAACGUCCACGCCCACGCCUUCACCAGCGAUCACCUCUACAACCUCACCAAUGGCCACGACCACGCAUCCACCAAUAACCACCUCUACAACAACGCCCACACCUCCAUCAACAACCACGCCCACCCCUCCACCAAUGACCACUCCCUUUCCUUCAUCAACAACUCCCACCUCUUUCCCAUCGACAACUGCCACAACCACCACUGUCACAGAAAGGACUACUUCGGUGACAGCCACCACUACGACAUCCAUAGUUACAUCAGAGCCCACUACAACUGUAACCACCACCAUCCCUACAGCAGAAUCAGUCAGCACUGUCACAACUACCCUGUCCACCGCAGGGUCAUCAAGCACCCCAUGUGUGCCUGACUGUAAAUGGACUGGCUGGUUUGAUUCUGGUAAACCCGACUAUACUCAAACAGGUGGAGAUGUUGAAUUGACCGAAGACGUCUGUGCAGGCUGGGCAGCUAACAUAUCCUGCAGACACCCAACGUCCACGCCCACUCCUUCAGCAGCGACCACCUCACCAACGGCCACCCCCACGCACCCACCAAUAACCACCCGUACAAGCUCACCAACGUCCACGCCCACGCCUUCACCAGUGACCACCUCACCAACGGUCACGCCCACGCAUCCACCAAUAACCACCUCUACAACCUCACCAACGUCCACGCCCAUGCCUUCACCAGUGACCACCUCUACCACCUCACCAACAGCCACGACCAGCCCUCCACCAACACCUCCCUCUACCACCUCACCAACGGCCACGCCCACGCAUCCACCAAUAACCAUCCCUACCACCUCACCAACGUCCACGCCCACGCCUUCACCGGCAACCACCUCUACCACCUCACCAACAUCCACGCCCAUGCCUUCACCAGUGACCACCUCUACCACCUCACCAACGUCCACGCCCAUGCAUCCACCAAUAACCACCCCUUCAACCUCACCAACGUCCAUGCCCACACCUUCACCAGCGACCACCUCUACCACCUCACCAACGUCCACGCCCACGCCUUCACCAGCGACCAUCUCUACCACCUCACCAACGGCCACGCCCACGCAUCCACCAAUAACCACCCCUACAACCUCACCAACGUCCACGCCCAUGCCUUCACCAGCGACCACCUCUCCCACCUCACCAACGACCACCCCCACGCACCCACCAAUAACCACCUCUACAACGUCACCAACGUCCACAUCCACGCCUUCACUAGCGACCACGUCUACCACCUCACCAAUGGCCACGCCCACGCGUCCACCAAUAACCACCCCUACAACCUCCCCAACGUCCACGCCCAUGCCUUCACCAUCGACCACGUCUACCACCUCACCAACGACCACCCCCACGCACCCACCAAUAACCACCUCUACAACCUCACCAACGUCCACGCCCACGCCUUCACCAGCGACCAGCUCUACCACCUCUCCAACGGCAACGCCCACUCCUCCACCAAUGACCACGUCUGUCACCUCACCAACGGCCACCUCUACCACCUCAGCAACAGUCACGCCUAUUCCUACACCAACACCCACUAUCGUCCCCACAGGUCGGAUCUCCACAGCGCCUCCAGGUAAACAGACAUCUGGUUCUUCCUCUCCCACAAGCAGUGGGACCACACCUACCAUGCCCGAGACCACCAGCACCUCGGCCUCCAGGGUGCCCACCCCCACGCUGAGCCCGCUUGUCUCUCCCAGCAUCAGCAUGAGCACAGGCCAGCGGCUCACCACCGUUAGUUUAGUCAUAUGCUGCGUCCUGAAUGACACAUACUACGGCCCAGGUGAGCUGGUGUACAAUGGAACAUUUGGAGACACCUGCUAUUACGUGAACUGCUCAGUGAACUGCACCUUCGAGUUCCACAACUCAUCCUGCCCAUCAACACCCUCCCCAACACCCAGCGCACCAACGCCCAGCUCGCCCUCCACACCGACACACAUCUCUCCAGCCACCACCAAGCCCCCUGCAUGCCCAGACUUUGAUCCUCCCAGACAGGAGAACGAGACCUGGUCGCUGUGUGACUGCAUCAUCGCCACUUGCAAGCACAACAACACCGUGGAGAUCGAGGAGGUGAAGUGCGAGCCCCCGCCCAUGCCCACCUGCUCCAACGACCUCAAGCCAGUGCAAGUCAUGGACCCGGAUGGCUGCUGCUGGCACUGGGAGUGUGACUGCUACUGCACUGGCUGGGGGGACCCACACUUCGUCACCUUCGAUGGGCUCUACUACAGCUACCAGGGUAACUGCACCUAUGUGCUGGUGGAGGAGGUCACCCCCACCGUGGACAACUUUGGAGUCUAUAUUGACAACUACCACUGUGAUGUCAACGACAAAGUGUCCUGUCCCCGCACAAUCAUCGUGCGCCAUGAGACCCAGGAGGUGCUGAUCAAGACCAUGCACAUGACGCCCAUGGAGGUACAGGUGCAGGUCAACAGCCAGACGGUGGCACUGCCCUACGAGAAGUAUGGGCUGCAGGUGUACGAAUCGGGCAUCAACUACGUGGUGGACAUCCCCGAGCUGGGCGCCCUCAUCUCCUACAAUGGCCUGUCCUUCUCCAUCAGGCUGCCCUACCACCUGUUUGGCAACAACACCAAGGGCCAGUGUGGCACCUGCACCAACACCACUGUGGACGACUGCAUGCUGCCCAGUGGGGAGGUCAUCUCCAACUGCGAGGUCGCAGCUGACCAGUGGGUGGUGAACGACCCCUCCAAGCCACACUGUACAUACAACAGUUUCACAACCCAGCGCCCUGUCCCCACGAAGCCAGGGAGCAACAAGACCUGCACCGAGUCUCUUCUCUGCCAGCUCAUCAAGGACAGCCUGUUCGCCCAGUGCCAUGCCCUCGUGCCCCCCCAGCGCUACUACGAUGCCUGCGUGUUCGACAGCUGCUUCGUGCCCGACUCGGGCAUGGAGUGUGCCAGUCUGCAGACCUACGCGGCCCUGUGUGCACAGCAGGGCAUCUGCAUCGACUGGAGGAAACACACCCAGGGGACCUGCUCUGUGACGUGCCCGUCUCACAGGGAGUACAAGGCCUGUGGCCCUGCACAGGAAUCCACCUGCAAGUCCACUUCCUCUCAGCAGAAUAGCACGGGCCUGGUGGAGGGCUGCUUCUGUCCUGAGGGCACCAUGAACUACGCCCCCGGCUUCGAUGUGUGCGUGAAGACCUGCGGCUGCGUGGGACCCGACAAUGUGCCCAGAGAGUUCGGGGAGAGCUUUGAGUUCGACUGCAAGGACUGCACCUGCCUGGAGGGUGGAAGCGGCAUCGUCUGCCAGACCAAGAAUUGUGACCAGAAGUCCCUCACCCAGUGCGAGGAGGAUGGCACCUACCUCGCCACGGAGGUCAAUCCGGCCAAUCCCUGCUGCAACAUCACCUUGUGUAGUAAGUCCGCCCCCCCUGGAGGGACUGAGACUGGGCCCCUGGGGACCGCGUACCCUCCUCGGCGA